AACCUGAAUUGUUUUUCAUUUGUCGUCUUGAGAAAUUUUCAUAAUUUUAAUAUAGCUGAAAAAAUGUUUUAGCAAAAAUUUUUAAGUUUUCAAAUACAAAAUGGACGAAGAAAAUGCAUCACAAAAUAAAAAGAAUCAGCAAAUACCUUUGAAAAAUUCAAUAAGAUGGUUUUCCUCAUUGCGCAAACAGAAAGAUUUACAAAAACAAGAUUUACAAACAUUUUCUGGAAGCGAUGGUGAUCUCAAGAAGAAAAGAAAUCGUAGCAUUAAAAAAGAAGAUAACGUAUUUCAAAGAAUUAAAUCAAAACUUCCUCUACGUAUGAACCAAAGUAUUAAUAAAUUGACAACAUCAAAGUCAGUUGAUUCAGAUUUUGAGCAAGAAAACUUAUCUUGUGUUAAUCAGACUGCCCAAACGAGUAACGAUAAUAAUGAUAAUCACAAAACGGAUCAAAAACUAGAUAAUAAAAAUGAAACCAGUUGCUCAAAUUUUAAUAAUGAUAAUUUACUAGAAAUUCCUUUCACACAUCACUAUAGACGUCAUAUCGCCAAAAAAUGGAUAGAAAAUAAUAGCUUAGGACCAAACAUGAUAAUGUAUAAAGCUUGCACUGAAAUGAUUAAUUAUGUGUGGUAUUGGGGUGAAACAUCACGUCAAGAUGCACAAAAGCAACUAACUGACAAACCAAAUGGAUCAUUUUUAGUUCGCGAUUCUGAAUCAUGUUCUGAAACAGAGGCAUGUCGCUUUACUUUAUCUUUUCGUAUAUGUAAUUGUACAUUUCACUAUCGUUUACAAUAUCGUGAGAAUUUUUGGCAUUUUGAAGAGCGUCAAUAUGAAUCUGUUGUCGACAUGAUCGAAGACAUAAUGUUAAGAAGCACCGAUGAAAAUUUUGUGUGUUAUGUUAAAGCGCAUAAUGUUGUUCCAGUAUAUUUACGAUAUCCAAUUAGUCGUUACGUUAAAAUACCAACACUUCAGGAUUUGAGUAAAAGAGCAAUUAAUCAAAAAUUUCAAUUAGGUGCAAAAGAUAUUGAAAAAUUACCAAUACCAGUUAAAUUGCAGCAAUUUCUAACUGAAAAAAGUUCAUUAGUUUUUUAAGUUAUAAAAAAGAAUAUAUUGUAUAUGUUAAAUUUUUCUUUAUCUUUUUUCAUAACAUGCAUCUUAUUUAGAUUCAGAUUUUGAGUUUGAUAUUAUAUUUAGCUAAUAUAAAAUGUUAUUGUUUUAUUUACAUUAUUUCAUUGCAAAACAGAAAAAUUUUGGUGUUAAUUCAAAAUAAUAUUAACUAUAAAAAAAAUUAUCAUUUUUAAUAAUUGUUAUAAUCGAUUUUUAUCGCAUUUUGAUCAAAAUUAAUUUAUAAAAUAAUUUUUUAUUUAUAUGAUAAACAUGUCUGCCAAUUAAAUACAAAAGGAAAAAAAAAAAACAAUUGUUUUAGAAAUUGUAAUAAAAAAGUUAAAAUUUUGUUCCAUGUGAAAUACAAUAACUACAUUUAAAGAAAUUAUAACAAAAUGGAAAACCAUACUUUCAGAAAACUUACUUAAGUCUUUUUUCCAUAUAAGUAAAUUUUAUAUUAUUAAUAAAGAGAGAACAUUUUGUAUUAUAAAUUAAGCGAACUUUUUUUAUGAUAACAAUUAAAAAUAAUUAAAGGCUUAAAAAUUUUUAGACAAUGUUAUUUAAAUUGUAGAAAAUUUUAAUAUAAGACCAUACUUUUGCCAAAAAAAAGUAUGAUUUAUUUUCAAUUGCGUUAUUUAUCUUUGAAAUGGUUGCUUUAAAAAUAUUUAAACAAAAAAAAAUAUAUUCUAAUUUUAUUCAUGUAUACAUAAUAUUGUAAUUUAUUUUAUAUUUUAUAUUAAGAAUAAAAAAUAAAAAUCGAAUGUAAUAUAUAUUCAGGCGAUAAAUAUUUUCUCUAAUAUAAAUAAUUUCUCUAAUACAUAAUAAUGUAUGUAUGUUUAAAGGGAAAAACUAUAAUAUGAAAAUAAGUGAAAAAAAGCCAAAAAGUAACAUUUUUACACAUUAUUAAUCAUUAAGAAUAUUUAGGCAUCAAUUCAUUUCAAUACUUUUUUUCUUCUUUUAUUUUAAAAUUUACCAAAUUAAAAGUAAAUAAAUCGUAAUGUAUAAAUGUAUAAAAUAUAAUUGAAUAACUUAUAUUGUUUACAUUUAUCUAUUUAUAUAAUUAACAUUUUUGCAUUUUAUAUGUACAGAUUUAUUUACAUAAUAUUUUUUAUCAGUUCAAAGAAGUCUACUUUUUAUUUUUAAUUAAGAAUGUUGAUUUUAUAUAGAAAAGACACCGAUGUAAAAAGGUCUAUUGAUAUUCCAAACUGUUAGAACGGUUGUAUUAGACCACUAAAUUCGAACACUACUUCUUUGAACCGAAUAAAUAUCUAAUAUUAAGUAUUUAUAGAUUAGAAAUUAUUAUUUUUUUUUUAUUUAGUCUAAUCUUUGUAGGAAAAUACUCUUACUAGAGAUCAUAUCUUAAUGGAUUUAUGUGAUUCUAAAAACUAAAAAGAUAAAAAAUGUAUUAAAAAUAAUUAAAUAUAAAAAAUUGUAAAAACGUAGUUAUUGCGUAUUAUUAUCGAACUUAUUUGCAUCAUAGAAUAUAAUAUAUGUGAAAAUAAUAUUUAAAUAUAUAUAAAUUAUAAUAAUAUACAUUGAAAAAUAUAAUGGCAAUACUUAAUUUUUCAAAAAAAAAAAAAAAAAAAAAACCAAAAUGAAUUAAUUGAUACCACAACAUAAUUUUGCGUAGACGUAUUCCGAAGAGAUUUCGAUUUUUAAGAAAAUUCAUAAAAAUACAAAAUAACGCACAAAUCCAAAAACUAAACAAUGAAUUAGAAAAAUACCAUCUUUCUUCCAUAAUUCAAACUCAAUUUUAAACGUUUAUAAUAUGAAUUUAAUUGAAUAUCAAUAUUUUGAUACAAAAAGAAAAAAAAAAAGUAAAUAAAAAAAAGUAAAAAUAUUAAAAAAGCGUAGAAUAAUAAAAAUUAUAGAUUUAUCUCAAGGGAAAGUAAAGAUAUGUAUAUGUACAUAUUGAAUAUAUAUGUAUCAAUAUAUAUUUGUAUUUAUAUAUAUUUAAGAUAACAUAUGUAAUCAUAAUUGAAAAAAUAAAAUCAUAAUUUAAUUUUUAUUUAUCAGCUAAAUAUUAAUAUUUGUAUUUAUACAUAUAUUUUAACUACAUAUGCAAAUAUAAGUAUAUCCUUACA